AUGUACGGGAUGUGGGACGGCGCGAACAUGGCCAGCGCCUCUGGGGAGCAGGACGAGCCCAGCAACGGCAACGGCAGUGGCAGCGAUAACAACCGUGCAACUCCCCAGGCUAGAACGCGCGCACUGAUGUCCAUUCUCGUCACGACGAGUGUUGCUCGGCACCAGCCUAUCAUGCCUGCGUCCCGCCUCGCUAGACAACUCCUCUACUCACCAGUCCACUGGGUCGCGUCCCUGGCCACGGAGUUCCAUCGACAAGACUCCCCGCUCAGCGCUGUGAGGGCCGCUUGGCAGGGAUACAGAUUGUUAUGGAUGAACAUUCCGGCGCGGGCAGCAAAGGAGGGAGAUUCCUGA